AUGGCUCCCUCGAAUUCUCUCGUACCGGAGCACACCUCGGAAGCAUCGCGCAAUGAUAGGGACCAGGCACCCCACGAUGAGGCUGAAAAUGACGAGCAAACACCACUUCUACGUGGCAGCUCUCCCUCAGAACGGAAGACUGACCAUGGUGAUGAGCCCAAAGUUCGCCUCAGCGCUUUCCGCGUCGCAGCUGUAGCGUUCAGUCUCUGGCUGCUCAUUUUCCUGCAAGCCUCGAACAUGUCUGGCAUAACCGUGAUUCAAGGCGCAAUAGCUGCCGACCUGGAGGCCUACGACGACACUGCGUGGUUCACGACGGCGUAUCUCAUCGCCAUGUCCAGCCUUGCGCCGCUGGCCGGCAAGCUCGCCGCAGUCUUUUCCCCAAGAAGCCUCAUCAUCCCGGUAGCCAUACUCGUGGCGAUUGGUACCAUUGUGUCGGCGCAUGCGCUUUCCUUUGAGGCAUUCGUGCUCGGUCGCGUUGUCACGGGUAUGGGCGGUGCAGGCGUGCUCACGCUAGCAAUCAUCUUGAUGCUCGACCUGACGAGCAAGAAGACAAGAGGCGUCGCCCUCGGCAUGGUCAACGCUGGGUUCAGUAUUGGUGUUUCACUCGGUGGUAUCGUCUAUGGUGCCAUGCUUCCGGCCGUCGGCUGGCGCGCCUUGUUUUGGAUACAAAGUCCUGUGGCUGUUCUGGCUGGGACGAUGCUGUUCCUGUCUCUGCCGAAUUCCUUCACCAAACCCUCGGAAUUCUCAGUCUUUCGUAGGCUGCGUCGGAUCGACUAUCUCGGGGCUGCCCUGUUGAUAUUGACGAUUGUGCUAUUCUUGUUCGGCCUGGGGGGCGGAGCCAUCAAAUUCCUGCCCUUGGUUCUCUCCCCCGUCGCUCUCAUUUUGUUUGUGCUCGUGGAGAACUUUGUAGCUCCAGACCCGGUCAUUCCACUCCAGGUCCUCAAGUCUCGCGCGGUGCUGCUGUCGUGCGUCGCGCAGCUUGGUCUCAUGUCAGCUCGCUGGACGGUGCUGUAUUACGCGCCCAUCUUCAUGCUCGCAGUCAGGGGAACUCCACGAGCAGAGGCGGGAGCCGUUCUGGUGCCGACCAACAUGGCCUUUGCAUCGGGCGGGCUGAUUGUCGGCUACUUGCACAUUCGACGGAAUGGUUCAUUUUGGCUCCCCUGUGUUGUGGCCAUUAUGCUCUUCAGUAUCUCCAUGUUUGCACUGUCAAGUGUGGCUACGUCAGGUUUUCAUCUCGCUGCGCUGGUUGCAUCGGUGAUUGCUGGCGGCGUGGCCACAGGCGCAGCGCUCAACUACACGUUGGCGCACAUGCUACAUCAUAGUCACGACGGGACUCAAUACAUCACGACGAGUCUCAUUGGGACGUUUAGGGGGUUUGGUGGUGCAUUCGGCACCUCGAUUGGCGGCGGAAUCUUUUCGCGAUACUUACGGUCCAGCCUGAGCGAGGGCUUCAGGCUACUAGAUGAGACUGACGUUCUCGAUCCUGAGAGGCGUCGGCUUGUCUCUCGGCUACUUGGAGCCCCCGAGCUGGUAUGGCAAGGUGGCCUUGGCGCAGCAGAUAAGGAUGUGGCUAUCCAGGCGUAUGCUGGUGCCACACGCGGUGUCUGGCAAGCUGCCGCCAUUCUAGGCAUUGUGGUCUGUGUCUUGCAGGCCGGGACGGGCUGGAGAGGGCCUGAGCCGGCGAUUGUAAUGGAACAGGCGGAGGCGCAGACCAACGUUCUGGAGAAUGAGGGCACAGAGGAGGUGUAG